AGGCGGAGCGGCUGGAGAAGAGGGGAGAAGAGGCCGAGAUAAGCCCAGACGCCAACAACUCUCAGGGGGAAGCCCUUAUCCGCACGCAGCCUCCAGCAUGAAGGUCUCCGCAGGGCUGCUGUGCCUGCUGCUCACCGUGGCCGUGGCCGUGGCCGUCCUCAGCACCGAGGUGGUCGCUCAGCCAGGUGCGAUCCUUACCACGACCACCUGCUGCUUCACAGUGACUAACAAGAAGAUCCCUUUGCAGAAGCUCAGGAGCUACCGAGUCACCAGCAGCCAUUGUGCCCAGAAAGCUGUCAUCUUCAAAACCAAGCUGGCCAGGCACAUCUGUGCCAACCCAAAGGAGAAGUGGGUCCAGGACCAUAUGAAGCGCCUGGACCAAAAGUCUCACAGCUGGAGGAUGAGGGCUCCCCCGGCCACGGGGACACCACGCCAGAGUGUGGAACCUGAACAUGCAUUCUCCUCCAGCCCCCCCUGCACUCAUGGCACCGCCAUUUCCCAAUCGGGAGGCAGAGCUGUUUUAUCUUAAGUAAUGUUUAAUAUUAUUUGCAUUCUUGCUGGGUUGGGGUCUAUUUUGUAUAUUGGCCACCUUUGUGUGUGUGUGUGUUUUAUUUUUUAAUUGGAUUCAUUGGGGUGACAACGGUUAAUAAAAUUAUAUAAGUUUCAGGUGUACAGCUCUAUAAGCCAGCAUCUGUAUAUUGUAUUGUGUGUUCACCACCCCAAGUCAAGUCUCCUUCCAUCUCAGGUAUAACCCCUGUACCCUCUCCUACCCCCGCCCCCUGCCCCGUGCUGUGAUCACCAUGCUGUUGACUGUUUCUAUGAGUUUUGUUUGUUUUUGCUUGAGCUUUCUUCUUUAAAGGAAGGCCUUGAGCCCGUUGGUUCCUGUCAUGGGCGCCCUUCCUCCUGCGGUAAGCGGGAGGCAGGGUCCCUCUCCUGCCUAACUGCCCACGGCUGGUGGCCAUGCCUGUGAGAACCACAGGGGUGAAGGGCCAGGGAAGCUACAGAGGAAAGUGCCUGGUGAAUGCCAGGUGUUGUUAGCUAAAUAUGUUACUGUGGAGAAAAUGCAAUCGUGGGACUGCUGACAUUUUGCAGGAAAUAACUUUUAUUUUAAAUCUCUAA